AUGAGAGGAUUUAUAAUACGCUUUGCAUUUGCUGAAUAAGUCUCCAUCCAAUCUCAGACUUAUUUAAAAAGAUCAUACAAGGAAGCUACUGUAGAAAUGGCCACAAAUCCAAUCAAUCCAUAUCACCAAUGGUUUAUCAAAGUAAUCUUAAAUUUUAUAUUUUUAGCUUGAUGGAAAAAGUAUAAAGACUCAUCAACGUAACAUAUUGGCAGUUCCUUCUCCAUAAUUAGCUGCCUGCAUUGCUUCAGAAUUCAAUCGUCAAAAAGAAUACUUAAGUUUCAAACAAAUGCCACUUUUAAUGCUUGCCAGAAAUGCUAUUGAUUUAGAUUACGAUGCAACCAAUAGAGAAUACAUUGAAAAAACUAUAAUAGGUCAUUUAGAAAAAGAUGUUGUUUUACAUCGUAAAAACCAAAAAUCAUAACUUCUAUAAAUUCAGUAACAAUUAUUGGAUCCUCAAUUAAAAUUCUUCAAUUCUAAAUUUGGAAUGGAUAUCUAAUCUAAUAAUGGUGUACAAAUUGGAUCACUAAGCUAAUAAAAUAUAGUGAAAAUUGAAUCCUUAAUCAGAGGAUUAAAUAAUUGGUAAUUAGUCAGUCUCAGUUCUUAAGCAGGUAUAAAAUUAAUAUAAUUUUAUUAGAUAAUCUAAAAUCUUGUAUAUUGGCAAUUCAACUAACCUAUGGUUAAGUUGACUUGGAUAAAGCAUUGUCUCUUUGUGAUAUUGAAAAUUAAUUUAAUAAGAAAAUCAUUGAAAAUGAAAAUCCAUAAGAAUCAGAUAGUGAAGAUAACUUAAUUUCCAUAAAUGUUAAAGCUGCACAACUAUUCUCAUCGCUAAUUUAUUCCUAAAGUAUCCUCUAUUGA